UCUGAGAUUUACUUGUUUUGUAGAUUGCAGACCUGUCAAAAUCAAGUGCCUUUCCACCGCACCGCCCCCACGACAAGACAACAGCCCGAAGCACAACAAGCGCACAGAAGCAGGUCCAAGCCAGUCCUGCCAGCCAGAGCGCUGCGAGAGAGCGGAUGAAGCCGCGGCCGGCCUCGAUGUCGGAGACAACAGAACUGGACAAUCUGCCGCCAGCACGGUCUCGUGCCUCUGAGGCCGAUGAUGCUGAUGCUGAUGCUGAUAUCGAUGCCCAUGCAAGCAGUGUGGCUGCAAGACACGUGCCCAUGCCACAGCAGGCCGGAGAAGCGUCCGUCAACAUGGCACCUCCUGGCUCAGUGCCCAUCGCCGAGCUCGUCGCUUCCAGCGAAGCUGCACACCCAACCGAAGCUCCGAUUCAAACACAAGCUUCAUUGUCCCUGCUUGAUGUCGAUACUGUGCUGGCAGUGUCAAUUUUUGCCAUUGUUGGUGUCCUGAUCCGCAUCGGGACCAACCAUCUGACGCCGUACGACAGUCAACUGCUCUUUGGCUCGUUCUACGCUCAAGUCGUUGGGUGCAUCAUCAUGGGAUGCGUCUUUACAUUGCAAAGCGUGUUUUCACCAUGGUUGUACGUAGGCCUCACCACAGGACUAUGUGGCACAAUUACAACAUUUUCGUCGUGGAAUCAGCAAGCUAGCACUGUUUUGGUGGGUUGGCACGGAAUGCCACCACCUUCCUACAAUUCUGGCGCAUUUCAGUUUGUGUCCUGGAUGACCAUUCUCGUCAUCGGCCUCGCCGUGUCGCUUGUAUCACUGGCGUUCGGAGUACAUGUCGGACAGGCCAUGCUGGUCUUGCUUGAACGACGACGGCGUCAUCAGCAAGGAAAUGAGCCGGCUCGUUCAACAACCAACAAGUCCCAGCGAGAUGGAGAUGCAACUGCUCAAACCAACCGCUUGACUCGUCAAACCAUCAUCCUUGCUGUAGUACUGUGCGUUUCUCUCGUGCUUGUGAUCGUCCUUCCAUAUGAGCUGGACUGCAGAGACAUCAUGUUUUCGUGCAUCUUAGCGGUGCCAGGCGCCCUGAGUCGCAUGUGGCUCAGUCUGUGGUUGAAUCCCAAGCGACCGACCUUUCCGCUCGGCACCUUCACUGCCAACAUUAUUGGCUGCGUUCUGCUCGGGAUAUUCACUGUCGUUCAAAGCUCACAGCACUGUUUUGUGAACAACUCGAUAGUGAAUGAUUUAUUUAUUGGACUCGAAAACGGGUUUUGUGGCGCCCUAUCGACCGUAUCGACGUUUGUUGUCGAAUUGCACAUCAAACUGAAUUUCCCCUCCGCCUACACGUACGGAUUGGCGGCUGUCGGCGCAGGCCAGGCCGCGCUUCUUGUCAUCAAUGGCGUCUAUGUUUGGGGCUCGACGCCAGAUCUGUGUGCAUAGCGCCUGUUUACUGUUUUGGAAAUGCACGAUUUAGCCAUCGAAUGCAUAGGAUCGAAGAAACCCAAUAGUAGAUCUCGC